AUGAGAGAAAAUAUCCUGCACCUAGUCGAAUCGUUUGUCGCCGUGACCGGCGCAUCGGCCAACUUGGCCCAGCAGUACUUGGCCCGCAACGACCAAGAUCUCACCUUGGCCAUCGAGGAUUUUUACAGCACCAGCGGCCCCGCCGCCCCUGCGCCGCGAGCCGGCGCCGCCACAAACAGGCCGCCGCGCGCGGGCGGCGUCCGCACGUUGCGUGAUCUUGGCGACGCGCCGGACCACGACGACCGCACCGACACCAACUUCUUCACGGGCGGCGAGAAGUCCGCGUUGCAGGUGGAAAACCCGGACAAACAUAAGCACAAACACAGCAGCAACGCCGCGCAGCCGUCGCUCGUCGAGCGCAUCUUCCAGCGGGCCAGCGAGCAGAUGAACGAGGACGACGACCGGCCGUCUGCGCAGGCGCCGGCCGUGCCCGAACAGCACUUCGGCGGCACGGGGUUCCGGCUCGGCGACUCUACGCAGCCGCUGCAGGCCGUGGAAGCCUCCCAUGCGCCGGCGCGCCCGCUCAAGGUCAACCGCGAAAUCACCUUCUGGCGCCAGGGCUUCACCGUGGGCGACGGCCCUUUGCGCGGCUACGACGACCCGGAACACGUGCUGCUCUUGAACGAGUUGAAGCAGGGCCGCGUGCCCGUGUCGCUUUUGGACGUAGAGUUCGGCCAGGACGUCGACGUGUCGGUGGUGCGCAAGGUGGACGAGGACUACGUGCCGCCCAAGCGCAAGCUCGCCGGCUUCCAGGGCCUGGGCCAGCGCUUGGGGUCGCCGGUGCCCGGCGACGAGGUGCCGGCGCCGGCCCAGAGCAAGCCCGCCGCCGCCGCGGGUCCCCACGCGCCGGCGGGCGACGGCGACCUGCUUGUGCAGAUCCGCUUCGCCAACGGCAAGCGCGUGGCGCACCGUUUCCCCGGCCUGGCGCCGGUCUCGGCGGUGUACCUGUUUGUGCGGGGCCACGAGCACACCGACGUGCUGCGGCCGUUCAUCUUGUCGCACACGUUCCCGGUCAAGCCCAUCGAGGACUCGGCCGCGCACACCGUGAGCCUGGCCCAGCUCAAAAACGCGGUCAUUGUGCAGCGGUGGGCUUAG